CCUGCAAUUGAACGAAUGAACUAACGAACGAGCGAGCCCCUACCGGAGCUACCGGGAGGCAGUAGAGUUACAGAGCGAGUCCCCGCCGCCCGCCUCGGAGGAGCCAAACGGAGGAAGGUCCACUGUGAGCCGCCGUGAGAACCAAACGAUGCGAGCGCUGCUCCCCGCCGCCAAGCAACACAUUGCCUAACGUUAUUAUCGACGAGUGGAGAAAAAGUGAACCGUUACCGUGAUUUACCGACAGAUACACAGAAGACAGAAGGAAGACGGACUGGCGGACGGACAGUAACAGUAACCACCGAGACCACGCUUGAGAAACACACAACCGCGGUGGCUACAUCGUGCUGCGUUUGCGUUGUGGAUUCAAACCGAGCGGAGCCUUGAUUUGAAUGCGUUAGCGGUGUCGUAGCCCCGGCUUGAAUCGAGAGCGACAGAGAGGGAGCUGCCCAGAGAGCGAGAGAAAGAGGGAGCAUAGAGGAGUCGAAGGCAUAGCACAGAAAAAAAGGAGGAAAUAACACCAAGGAUUUGCAACUAGCUUUGUUGCCACGCACAAGUUUCAUUGAAUCCCCAUUUUAUUGCCUGUAUCACCGUGGAUACCGGUAUCGGUAACGCUAUCAAGCUGUGCUCUCUAACCAUGGGAUGUACUCUGAGCGCAGAGGAGAGGGCGGCUCUGGAUCGGAGCAAAGCCAUCGAGAAAAACCUCAAGGAGGACGGUGUCACCGCGGCCAAAGAUGUCAAACUGCUGCUGCUCGGGGCUGGAGAAUCAGGGAAAAGCACCAUCGUCAAACAAAUGAAGAUCAUCCAUGAGGACGGUUUCUCUGGCGACGACGUAAAGCAGUACAAGCCUGUGGUUUACAGCAACACCAUCCAAUCUCUGGCUGCCAUCGUCCGUGCCAUGGAUACACUGGGCCUGGAGUACGGAGACAAAGAACGGAAGGCGGAUGCUAAGAUGGUGUGUGAUGUGGUCAGUCGUAUGGAGGACACAGAGCCUUACUCCGCCGAGCUGCUCUCCGCCAUGAUGCGUCUGUGGUCCGACUCAGGGAUCCAGGAGUGUUUCAGCCGCGCCCGCGAGUACCAGCUCAACGAUUCAGCGCAGUACUACCUAGACAGCCUAGAUCGGAUUGGUGCUGCAGACUACCAGCCCACAGAGCAGGACAUCCUGAGGACCCGAGUGAAGACCACGGGCAUCGUCGAGACACACUUUACCUUCAAAAACCUCCACUUCAGGCUGUUUGAUGUGGGAGGUCAGAGGUCGGAGAGGAAGAAGUGGAUCCACUGUUUUGAGGAUGUCACAGCUAUCAUUUUCUGUGUGGCGCUCAGCGGAUACGACCAGGUGCUGCAUGAGGACGAGACCACGAAUCGCAUGCACGAGUCUCUGAUGCUGUUCGACUCGAUCUGCAACAACAAGUUCUUCAUCGACACCUCCAUCAUCCUCUUCCUCAACAAGAAGGAUCUGUUUGCAGAGAAGAUUAAGAAGUCGGCACUCAGCAUCUGCUUCCCUGAAUACACAGGACCCAAUACUUAUGACGACGCAGCAGCUUACAUCCAAGCACAGUUUGAGAGCAAGAAUCGCUCUCCAAAUAAGGAAAUCUACUGUCACUUGACCUGCGCCACGGAUACAGGAAACAUCCAGGUGGUGUUUGACGCCGUGACCGACAUCAUCAUCGCCAACAACCUCCGAGGGUGCGGCUUGUACUGAGCACGGCCACGCACCCCCGCAAUGUCCUCCCCCUUUGUCCCCUCUUCUCUCUCACCCCUCCUUUCCUCUCCCCCCCACCUCGUUCCGGUUCCUUUGACACUGCUGUGGAAAUGAUGAUGGUGAUGAUGACGAUUCUGCUGAUUAUUUAAAGAAAAAAGGAAGAAAAAUGCAACUAGGUACAUAUUAUUAAUGAGGAUAAUUAAAAAAUAAAUAAUAAUAGGCAUACGUAUAUAAUAUAAUGUUUUUAGUUCUUUUCUUGCGCCAACUUUACCUGAUGUUCCUGGCCUGCUGCCAAGCAAACAGAUUUGUUUUAGUAGAAAAUACGAAACCCUGCCGCCUUGAAAACUUCUUGAACAAAGUCAAUGAAAGCGUCCGUUCCCCGUCCUCUCUUUUCCUUUCUCAGCUGUGUCUUAUGUUAAAAAAAACAAAACCUGUACUUUUUUUUUUUUUUUUUUUUUUUAAUUAUUCCUAUGAACAUGACUUCUGUUUUAUUUUUGUUGAUCGUGUGUAUAUUUAUUACAGGAGUAUCAGUCCGUACACUGAUUUUUAUUCACAUUUUGCCUCACCUUGACACCUUUUUAUUUGUGUAUUAUUUUGUUAAUGUUUUUUUUUUUGCUAUAUUAGUGAUUAUGUAAUAACAAUCGUUUGCGGAAAUAUGUGAAAAUGUCGAUAGCACUAGAAAACACCGGACAGGUCGGCGAAAACCUUAAAAAGAAAACCUCUCGAGACCUGCUGAAACUGACAAACACUGAUUUUAACAUUAGUCUUUUGUUUACAUUAGCCAAGACAUUUUAAGAUGUCUGUUGUCAAUUUCCUUCUUUUUUUUCCCGUUUUUUUUAAGCAAGUAUAAUUUUUACUUCCCCGCAAUCCGGUUUUCAGCGACAGGAAGUGAGGCUUCCCGUUUCCCCAACUUGGCCUUAACCAUUCGCCAACAGCCGGUCGUGGCCGAGCCUGAGCGCCAAUAGGAAAUGUGCUAAAUGUCCGAUCAGUGCCAUGAAAAAAGAGGUACUGUACUGUAGAUAGCUACGCUUUUAGAAGCAAGUCCACAACGUUGUAACUCUACCUUCCUCACUGUUAUAACCUCUAGACCUACUAACAUUCUCCAUGUAGGGAAACUCACUCCUGGGUUGAUAAUGGUUGAUUAAUUUAUUAAUUUAUUUAUUGAUUGAUCGCCUGUACUACACAUACUGUACCUCUUUCGCUCUCUUUCGCUCUCUCUCUUCAUUGACACACCACCACCAUGCGUUUACUUCUCUCACCUCCAUCCAUCUCUCUUUCUUUUUGCAUGGCGCCCUGCCGUCCUCAUUUCGGGGUCAAAGGGCCCCUUGCUUUCUUUCCAACCCUUCUCUCCCCUCCCUCUCUCUUCUCUUUCUUCCUCCUAAAGCCCUGACACAGAUAGCAUGAGAUACUCAAGCCUUUGUAUAAAGAGACCAGUUAAUUCAUAAAACUUUAAAAAAAAAAAAAAUUGAAAAAAUAAAAUCUUCACGUAGAUACUGUUGAGAUAAUAAUAAAUAAAUAAAAAGCAUUUUAUUAAAAAUAGCAAAAGAUGAAUAAAAACGAGGGAAAAAAAAAAAAAAAAAAAGAGCCGAGAAGACAGAUGGUCCUGAAUUGGACAGGGGCGGGAUCAAAUGAAAGAAAACAAAAUGUGAGAGUCAAAGUUUCAAAGGGUUGAAAGGUCAUGUGGGAUGCUUGGAAGAAGAAGUGUAGAUUUAGGGAUUCUUGUAGUAACACGUAGAAUACAAACGGUCAAAAAAGGACAAAAACUCUACACCUAUAAUAAUAAAAACCCAACAAACGUGGGUAUUACAACGUCAACAACAGUAACGAUCAUUAUGAUCAUGUAAUAUUCUUAAAAGAUAAUCUUUCUUGUGCUUUGUAGCUACGAAACAUUUUUUUCUCUCUAUAUCUCCCCCUUUUUUAAAAAUAAAGAUGUUUUGCAAAGGGUUCCGGUUUGACAAGCGAGCUCGUUUGGAACCAUGACGAUCUCCGACUGACCCCGUGUCGUUGUAAUGCUCUGAAACUGUGCGCCACCCCCCUCUCCUUUUACCGUUUUGCCUGUUUCCCUGCAUCAGAACCGUGUCCUCACUUUAGCCUGACUCGGAACGAUUAAAUAUAAUAUUAUAACAAUAUCUAUUUUUUAUUAUUUCAGAAGAAAAAAAAAAAAUGAACCACUUUUUUUGGGGGGAGAGCACGUUUCUCGCUGCGUCCGCUAGUUAGGGACGCCGCAUGUUCGCACAUCAACGCUGUACAAAGUCAUGCUCCUUUCUUCUUCUGUCUCUUUUCAGUUUGACACACCUUCCAGGUCUACAAUGAAAAGCACAGUUCUCACAUGACACACACACUAAAACACACA